CUUACUCAGAAAUGAUCAGGUCUCUGAACUUGCUUUUUGACGCGAUUGUAUUUCAAAUAAUUCCCAGCUGAUAUCUGUUGUAUACUGUCCACGUAAUAUUUUGUUUUAUACAUCUGAUUAAAAAGAAAAUGAUUCCAAUAUCUGAAAGUCAACAACAAUUUGGUAACAAUAAAAGAACUUAUAACAAAAGAUGUGCUCAGCCACAAUCCAUUGAGAAUAUCAAUCCACAAAACUGGAAUAAAUCAGUAAAUAAAUGGAAUAAUCAGAAGUAUCGUAAACCUCUAGCUAAUUUAUCGAAUACAUAUACCGGGAUAGAAACUGAAUGCCCUAUUAAACUUGACAGACCUAUUAAUAAAAAAUUAAAAACAUGUUCUGCAUCAUCAUCUUAUGGAAAUACCGAUUCAAUAAAUAUAACUCGACGUAAUGAAAGAGAAAGAAAUCGUGUUAAAUUAUUAAAUAUGGGUUUUGAUCGUCUUCGAGCUGUAGUCCCAUGUCGUUCAGGUGAACAGUUAAGUAAAAUUUCAACUUUAAAAAAAGCAAUAUGGUAUAUUGAACAUUUGGAUAAAGUAUUACAUGGGCAGGAAAAUUCAUAUUCUUCAUCGUCAUCAUCACAAAUGAAUCCAUCAACAGAUUUUACCAAUGAAAAUACAACAUGUAUAAAUAAUAAGAUCAAGCAAACCAACUCAUUUAUAUCAUCAUCAUUACCAAAAUCAGCUGGACUAUUUGAAAUCAAUCGCAACGAAGCAAGAUCAGAGGCCUCCUGGUCAUCUUUCGAGAAGGUUAUGUCACCAUAUGGAAACAUAUCUAUUCAAGAAAGAAGAUCAGUAAAUCAAUUAUACCUGUCACCGAUAUUUCCGACUCAUUGGGAUCAAAAUAUUAAUACUAAUAGUCAUACUAAUAAUGUUAAUAAUAAUAAUAAUCACCACAAUGAUAUUAAGGAAAUAACAUCGACACCAAUAAUUAACUCAACUCCAUAUAACAUGAUUAAUCCUAUUGGACAAGAUGAAAGACCUGUAACACAUCUAUUAUCUAAUUCUAAUUCAUCAUUCACUGAAUUUUCAAGUGAUUCCGGUUAUGAUAGCUCUAAAUCUCAACUUAAAUUAUUAUCAAAAAUUAGUAAUCAUUAUGCCUUACCAACAUGGUAUAAUGUUGGAUAUAUGCCAACAACAUCAGUAUCAUCUUUCCCAAAUCCAUUAGUUAGUAAUUCAUCUGAUUCAACAUCUAAAAAUCAAUCAGCAUUAAACAGUGUUUCUCAUCUUCAAUGGUUAUUAAAUGAUGAUAAUUAUAUGCCUAAACUAAAUGGAACUUGAAUAUGAAGUCUAUUUAUUAAUGAUUAAGUUAAAUAAAAGGUAUUAGGACAAAUCUAAUGGGUUCACCUUACAAUUGGUUGGUUAACACAUUCAAAAAUAAUGAUUAACCUUAGAAAUACAACGACUCAUUCAAACUAGUAACAAGAUCAUUGACGAAUGAUGAUAGAUCCAUAUUCCUAGGGAUACGGACAAAUGGGAACCAAAUUAAAAAAAAAUUAAGUUAGAAAUGAUUAUCACCCCACCGCCCUCCUUCUUUUGUUUCUCAUUAUUAUCAAACAGCUUGAUUAAUGGAGAAACAUUUUAAAAAAAAACUAUUCAAUGAAAACUAAAUUAGAUUCAAUCUAUAUUUUUUUGGAUUUUAUUCUUUGAUAAGUUGUUCUCUUAUAUUUUUUCUUUCCUUCUCUUCUCCUUUUUCUUUUGUUUUAUUUUAAGUUGUUCAAUUAGGUGUUUGGCAUUAGUUUUGGUUUUUUUUGGUUUUUUUUGCGUAAAAUAAUACAUUGCCAAAAAAUAUUGAUUCAUCAAUUAUUAAGGUUGAGAAUUGACAAAAUAGGGGGGGGGUAAGAGGAGGGGAGGUGAAAAUUUGUUUUAAAAAUAUAAAGAUUUAUUAUUUAAACUUUACAAUUUUUAUUUGAAAUAAAUGAAAUGAUAUGAUAUCG